AUGUUCCGGCUGCUGAGCUCUCUCCUCCUUGUGGCCCUGGCCUCAGGCUUGGACCAGCCUUCCUUCAACCCCUCCAGCCGUGUGGUCAAUGGUGAGGAUGCAGAGCCCUACAGCUGGCCUUGGCAGGUCUCCCUGCAGUAUGAGUACAGUGGGGGCUGGUUCCACACCUGUGGAGGGACCCUCAUCUCCGCCGACUGGGUUAUCACUGCUGCCCACUGCUACUCGAGUGACCGGACAUAUCGGGUUGUGUUGGGAGAGUACGACCGCUCAGUGACAGAGGGACCUGAGCAGGAGAUCCUCAUCAAUCCUGAGGACUUCAUUGUCCACCCACUAUACUUUUCCAUUUGUACACCUUGCGGCAAUGACAUCGCCCUCAUCAAGCUGUCACACAGUGCAAACCUGACAUCUGAAGUCAAGCCUGCCUGCCUCCCUCCUGCUGGGGACAUCCUGGACCAUGGGACAGAAUGCUACAUCACCGGCUGGGGACGUCUUUCCACUGAUGGCUUAUCCCCAAACAAGCUUCAGAAGGGGCUGCUGCCCGUGGUGGACCACGCACACUGCACAAGGCUGACCUGGUGGGGUUUACUUGUGAGAAGGACCAUGGUGUGCGCGGGCGGGUAUGAAGUCUCUGGCUGCUAUGGUGACUCUGGAGGACCCCUCAACUGCCCUGCAGGGGACGGUUUCUGGCAGGUCCACGGUGUGACCAGCUUUGUGUCCUCCAGUGGUUGCAACACUGAGAGGAAGCCCACUGUGUUCACCCGUGUGUCGGCUUUCAUUGACUGGAUUGAGAAGACACUGUAG